ACUUCUUGGUUCGGGUGAUGGAAAGCCCGGCAGGCUUUCUUAUUGAGCAUGGUUGACACCGAGUCUAGGACCACUCAGGGCUGUCUCUUCCUAUGGCAACCAGUUGAAUGCUUCCUCGGUGUUCGAGACUUCGAGUUCGUCUUUUCAGUAUCUUCGUGAGACCUCUAAGCCCUUCAACGCAGAUAAAGUUCGUCAGAUAUUACCUCAAACACGCUAUCCGAAGCCUCAUCAUACUCGUAGCGUACUUGAGUUCAGGACCCAAGGCGUCCAAUACGCCGACUGUCAACAAGGAGAUAAAGCAGGCGCAUCAGACGGGGGAUUUAGGAAUGCAUGUCGAGACGGAAGGGUUAGACAUUCUGUGCUUUUUACCUGCUUCUUAUUUCUGGUCGUGGCCAAGAAUUUUGGGGCAUGAUGGGCAUAGAGACUCCAUAUCUCGCAUGCUUCCAAAUGUUCAAAUGCGCAUAAGCGUUGGGAAGCGUCGUGGCGGCGCGAAAGCGAUCUCGUGCGGGAGGAGAAAGUCUCGUCGCAGCUCGUCGAACAUCCAGCGGCCCGGAUCAUGCCCAUUUCGGGGCGACGGUCUUCGAUAUGCAUGACUUCCUUUGACAGCGACAUAUGUGGGAUGUCUGCCGCGACGCUGAUCAAGAACGGCAGAAGUCGUCACAUCGAGGAAAUUAUUUUGGAACUGAGAUGGAGCUUCUCGCAGAG